AUGACCUACCUGGUGGAGUUUGAAAUAUGGCUGAUUCCAGAAAAGUCCAACCCGAAGGAGCUUAAUAACAAUGUGGCCCUCACAUUAGUAAUUGUGAUACAGCCCUGUGCCCCUGGGAGGGUGGAAGCCACUGAUGUGAAGAGCAGCUCAGUGAGCCUGUGCUGGGAACGACCGCUGAGACCUGGGGUGGAAUAUAUUUUCAACAUCACUGCAGUUGUUCCAAACGGUAGCUGCAGCAAGGACAGUUCAGUAUGUGUACACACAAGAACCAGUCUGGAGGAGCUGCUGAGAGACCUGGGACUGGAACACCACCUGAAGAACAAGCUGACUCUGAGCCAGGUGCUACAGAUUGAUGGAGAGACAUUAUCUGAUGAAAGCAUCCAGUCUCUCAAAGAUCUGCCAUGGUGUUUCCUAAGGAAGCUGAUGAUGGUGAAUGUGACUGCUAGGAGUGUGAGGUGCACCUCCAAACAGGACAGAGCUUUGAAGAACUGGGAAAGGUCACUGGAUACCCAGUACAAUCCACAACUCAACAGCAACAGAGUAAACCCCCUGGACCUCAUAACUGCUGUUUUUCUGUGCUCAGAUGGUUUUCUCCAGCAGGAGAUGGUUUUGAAAAUGUCCAUGUGCCAGUUCUCUGUGCCUCUGCUGCUUCCUAAAUGUGAUGAACAAGAGUGCACUUUAAUGCUGUGGGCCAUGAGGGCUAUUGUGAAAAAGUACAAGCCACACUCUUUGGAGGACCCAAGAGGGUUUGUGGAGGAGAGCAUUGUUCUCUCUGACCUCCCCAUGGUCUCUUUUGUGAGGCUGGGAAACUGCAGCAUGUCCAAGUCUCACAUUCUGAACCAGGUCCUCAGCAACCCUCAGCAGUACCACGACACCUUUGUUCACAAACACAUGGAGUGUGAUAACACCCCAAGGAGGAUUUUCAAUGGGCUGGUGGAAAUCAGUUGGUAUCUGCCCUGUGGGAACCGACACGUUGACAUCUUUUCUGAGCCACUGGCCAUAGCUAACCUCCGUGGGGACCUCAGAGACUUUGAAACUCAGUAUGCUUUCCUCUGUAGCACCUCUGCUGCUAUAUUUGUGUUUUGUGAUGAUUUUGGGUCCGAAUGCAAAAUUCUGGACUCCAAACACAGUCAGGCUCACUGUUUCUUGAUCAGCAAUUCACAGAGCAAAAGCUUCAAUAAGAAUGAGUUCAGGAGAUGUAUUUCUGAGUUACAGCUACGACCUAGUAACAUAAUCAUAAAGGGUCCGCAGAUGAAUGAUGCAGAAUUUAUCAAGGUCCUGUGUUCGGCUAUCAGUGACAUUUUGAAGAAAAAUGUGGUCAAAGUGAGUGUUGAAGGGAUGUCUGCUGUCUCCCGUGAGUUAGGGAUCCAUGUUGAUGAAGAUUACACCUGCUGUAAGUGGGGCAAGGAGAAGGCUGAGGAAAUCACAGGAGGAAUAUCUGAUAUUCCCAGCUUCAAGGAGAAGGAGCUGCCCUUGCAAGGGGCUAUAUGGAAACAGCUGGCCAAACUGGAGAAAGAAGAGUGCAGGGUGAAAAAAGCUGGGCAGAAAAACCUAGAAAUUUAUAAAAAUGAGCUUUCAGAUCAGAGGAAGAAACUCAGAGCAGAGCAGAGGGCUCACAACAAGUCAAAGUCUAUGUUGCAUUUUAUCUCUGUGAUGUCCAGUCCCACAGAGGAGCGCAAGUAUUUCCUCAAAUGGAUGAGGAUCAACCUGGACAACCUCUCACGCAAAACCCUUCCACUGCUCCAGGCAAAGUACAAGGAACAGUGUCAGAAUUCCCCAGAAAACAAGAAGGUCAUUGCAGAGUUGGACAGGAAGAUCUCCAGUUCUUCCUUGGGGACGGAGCACUUCCUGAUGGAAAUGGGUCAGCUGUAUGAGUCGGCCUGCUCACUCCCUGAAGGCCCCACCUCUCAGAUCCAGCUCCUGCCACGUCUGGCUGCUGAGCUCCUGCAGGAAGGCUUUCCUCUGGAGCUGGUGGAUGGAGACGCAUCCAACAUUCCUCUGCAGUGGGUUACACAGGUUCUAAAGGAACUCCAUCAUCUCACACAGGAUAAAUGUAAGAUCCGGGUGAUCACUGUACUGGGGGUACAGAGCACUGGGAAAUCCACGCUCCUGAACACCAUGUUUGGGGUCCAGUUUGCUGUCAGUAGUGGCAGGUGCACCAGAGGGGCCUUUAUGCUCCUCAUCAGAGUGAAAGAGGAUUUUAAGAGGCAGCUUGCGUGUGAUUACAUCAUGGUUAUUGACACUGAAGGUCUGAAGGCACCAGAAUUGGCCCAGUUGGAUGACAGUUAUGAGCAUGACAAUGAACUGGCCACUCUGGUGGUGGGGCUGAGUGACAUCACAGUCAUCAAUAUCGCCAUGGAGAACUGCACAGAGAUGAAGGACAUCCUGCAGAUUGUGGUGCACGCCUUCCUGCGCAUGAAAGAAGUUGGGAGAAAACCCUGCUGUCUGUUUGUGCACCAGAAUGUGCCGGACAUCUCUGCUCAUGACAAGAACAUGAGAGACAGGAAGCUUCUGCUGGAGCAGCUGAAUGAGAUGACCCAAGCAGCAGCUAAGAUGGAAAAUAAGGGAAUCAACAAAACAUUUACUGAUGUCAUGGAGUACGAUCCAGAGAGAAACAAUUGGUACAUCCCUGGGCUCUGGCAUGGCAACCCUCCCAUGGCACCUGUCAAUGCUGGCUACAGUGAGUCUGUGAAUUAUUUGAAGAGGAGUGUGAUUGAGAAGUUUAUGGAACAAAAAUCUGGAAAGAGCUCAGCACACACAAUCAUUGAGUUCCUUGAAUGGACCAAGAGCUUAUGGAAAGCAGUGAAGUAUGAGAACUUCAUCUUCUGUUUCCGCAACAGCCUUGUGGCUGUAGCUUAUGCUCAGCUUUGUACUGAGUUUAACAAAUGGGAGUGGGACUUCAGGAAGAUCAUGUAUUCCUGGUUAAUGGACGCUGAGACAAAAGUGUCAAACUUUGGAAUAGAAGCAGCCCAGACUCAGCCAUCUUCCAAUAUUGACAACUUGCUGAUCCACCUGAAAAGGGAGGCCUCUUUCAGACUGGCAGGAGAGGAACAGCACAUUUUGGACAACCUCACUGAAUUCUACAAGAGACCAGAUAGACAUGUUCAAUUGGUAGAGAACUACAAGGAGGACUUCAUCAGCACAGCCAAAACCAUCAGGAGGGAGACAGAGAACUCUGUGAAAAACAAGCUUGAGGCAGCAGUGGAGAUAAGAAAGGGUAUGUUCAAGUUCGAGAACAUCCACACAAACUACACAGCCACAAUGGAGCAGAAGGUUCUGGGCCUGAUUGAGAAAUGCAGGAAAAGUGCAAAAGAUCUGUCUGAACAACAGUUGAAUAAUGAAUUUGAGAACAUGUGGAAUGAGACUGUGGCAGAGCUGCUGUUCCAUGGCAUGGAAGAACGAGACAUUGUGCAAGACAUCUACAACCAGCUUUGCCUUAACUUAGAGAGAAAAGGCAGCGCAGUACGUGAAAUACUGUCUGCAGUGGGAAACUUGCUUGAGUGCGGAAGAGAGCCAUUCAAAGUGAAGGGGAAAGAUGGAAUGUUGCAGAAGAUUAAGAGCACAUUAAUUAGAGAUGAGCCGAAGGAAAAGACAGAAGUGAUGGUUGAUCACAUCAUCGAGGACAGCUGGCAGUUUGUGGAAGAGAAAGUGAAAACAAGGUCUGAUUACCAUAACACAUACAUAACAGAGUUGCUUUGCAGGGUAGACGAAAACCUGGAUAGGUGCAGUGAUCUGGCAACAAGUGCUGAGUUUCAGGCCAGGUUGAAGAUCCAUAUCUGUGGACAUGCAGCACUGGAGUUUCUUAAAAUGCAUCAGGAUUUUGUCCAUGCAAAUGACCCCCGUCACUGUCUGGAACAGUUCAAGGCACAGUACUGUGCUGACUUUAAGGACCUGUUCAAAAAAGACCAGUGUCAGAAGAAAGCUGAAGAGUUCACCUACAACUGUCUUGCACCUGCGGUGAAGGAAUACAUCACCAAGUCUCUGGGCCCUGAACUUGUGGAUGAAAUGUUGACAGGGCAGAAGGCCAUUGAAUUCAGCACUCAAACUUUCUUCCAGUUCUCAAUCCUCAAGCAGCUGCUUUCAGAGGAUAACUUUAAGGACUUUGUGAGAUACAUAAAUAAUUAUGACACUUUUGUACAGGACUGGAUAUUGGAGCAGAUGGUUAAGCAGUUCUCAGAGGGAGAUGGCCUCAGGAUCAUUGAGAUCAUGCACCUGAAGGCAAAGGUUAAAAGAAUAAAGAAAGCCAUAAUGACUGCAGAGAUAAAGACCAGUAAACGAGUGGAAAGAAAGGGGGAAGAGGCCCAGCACAUUCAGCAGUUCAUUCAGGAUAUCUGUAGUGACCUACAGGAGCUUGUCAUCCCUAAAGACACCCUCAGAGCAGUCCUGGCCUUAAACACUGCCAAGCCAGAAGACUUUUCCUGGUGUCUGGAGGUGCUUGUGGAUGAAAUGGAGAGGUCCAUUACCGUAGAGUUUCAGAAAGGUGGGGAUGUGAGAGCCAGGCUGACCUCACUGCCCUUUCAGCCACAGGAGGAGCUGUUUAACAGGGUGUUUGGCUGUAGGAGGCAGUGUCCCUUCUGCAAGGCCCCCUGUGAAGCUGGUGGCAAGAGCCACACUGAGCACUUUGCCUCCAUUCACUAUCCUAAGGGGAUUGCGGGACACAGACAAAUGGACUCCUGUAAAUUAUUUUGUGACAUCUGCUCCACCAGUGUUGCCAGUGAGAGAAACUUCAUUUUGGCUGCAACAAAGGGAAAAUGGCAUCCAUACAAGGAGUAUCAGAGCAUUUACCCUGACUGGCACAUCCAGCCUGAUACCAGCAUCCAGGCCUCAGACUACUGGAAGUACAUCUUCACCAGGUUUAACAAGCAGUUUGCAGAGGAAUAUAAUGCUGAGCCUGCUGACAUUCCCCCCCAAUGGAGAGACAUUACCCAGGACCAAGCCAUGGAAAGCCUGGAGGAAUCCUUCCAGAUGAAAAUGGGAGAUUCAACUCAUAAUGGUUAAGCACAUAUCCAGCCACAGCCUAGUCCAAUGGAAUAGAUGAAGUGUGGAUUAUGUACAGCAAAUAAGACGAGUCAUUAUAAAAGGGGACAUUGAAUUGAAGUUUGGAGAAGAGCAAGAAUUCCCGAUCACUGAUACUGACACUCCUGUGUUUUUUCAUCAUAAUACCAUCAGCCAGUUAUUAUACUUUUAAAAUCAUAUCCAUACUUUAUUGUGCUUUUACCUCUGUCAUGACCGAUGGCCAUUUAUCUAUACACACUGUCUCUGAAUUAGCAGGGCUGAUCUUUCUACAUUAUUCCAUUGGUGCAUAAUAAGGGAUGGUAAAUUGAGGUUUAAAUAGUUUGUUUUAUGCUGAGACCUACACCAUAUGGGCUAUUUCAAAGAGAAUAUUUUAGAUGAAAAUACAUUUUCUAUUUUAUUAAUUAUUUUGUUUUUUCUAUCCUUCCUAUGUCUAUUCUAUUCAUAAAAUCACAUGACCUUCAUAUGCCAUUAACCACAUUAUCUCUUCAUCACGGUUUGCUUGGCUGUUUGAAGUUUGAAAU